UUGGAUCAGUACUAAUCAGUCGACGGUACUGUCAUAGUAGCUGCUUCUCGUCUCCGGAGGAAUUCAAUCAAACCCAACCGAUCUGUUUGAGCUCAAGAGGAGGUUUUGUUUUCGUCUUUCAUGGCGAAGGAACAGCACUUGCGGCCUUGGUUUCUCGAUCUCGUACCGGCUUUGGUUGUUUUGCUCGCCGCAGCUCAUGUCAUCGCCUUGGGUUACUGGAUUUACAGAUUGGCAACUGAUCGUCGGCCUCAGAGAGGAAAAUUUCACUGAGGAAACGUCCAAUAGGUAUCCUUCAGUUGUGUUUCACACAUUGUCUCUGAGGGUAAGGCCAAACUUCAAUGCUUAUCCACUUGUGUUAAUCAAGACAGAGUUGUAGUCUCUGUAUCGUUACUGGGAUUAUAAGAUUCCUAACCAAGAUCACUACUGCAUAGUGCGAGAGAUUUAACUAGAAGAUGUAACCAAGAGUGGAACACUGUUUUUGGAAAACCAUUUUAUUUAGCUAGAAGUGAUAUUGAGUAGUCAGCGUUAAAACAAAGAUCACGAAUGUGUAAUAUUAUUAUAGGUUGUAACUU